CCAAACCAAGUCAAAAUGUAUUCGAAAUUAUUUGUGGUACUAGUGGUGUACUUAAGUGUCGCUGAAUCGAACGAUAUCAUUAAUGGGUAUACUAACGCGAGAUCCAAAAAGAUUUACAGUGAGCUGAAGGAGGCUGGUCCAGCGCUAUGGAAGAGAGACGAAGAGGUGGUUGUUAAUACAACAUACAAUGACGUUAUCAGCGCCAUUUACGUUACUGAUUUAAGAGAAGACCAUAAUGGCGAAGCGUAUAUAGAAAGCGGUGGAGUUGGGUUGCGAAGUGUGGUGAUUAGAUUGAAGAGUCCUAGUAUUCUGAGAGGCUAUAAGUUCCAGGUUGAUGUGUAUGCCACGCCUAUGGGUGAGGGACUUUUUCAUAAAGGCGGCGGGUAUUAUGGUGACACUCAGUAUCCUAGGAAUGUAAAUCGAACGAACAAAAUGAAAACUCUUUGUGUUGCUAUACUCCUUUCUCUCGCGGUCUUCGCGAGCUGUCAAAGCCACGACCUAGCCAUCGGUCAGGCGACAUACGGUGACGUCAUCAUUUACAAAGCUGACGAAGUGAAGUAUGGAUUCCCUUUGAUCACUCGAACAACGAUUAUCCAGUACCCAGAGCCUGGACAGAACAACUAUGCUAUCAUAAAGGCUAUUUACAUCAAGGAUAACAAUAAGGAUGGAAGUGGCGGUUUCCCUACGAUCGGGGCUGGAGGCGUUGGGCAGAGAUUCGUGAAGAUCAAGUUGAAAAGCCAAAGGGGCAACGGAUUGAACUUCACUAUUACCAUCUAUGGAAGAUACGUUUAAAAUCGACUAGAGCCUCUACUACGAAGAUCUUAAAUCAGGACUGGUGUGGUGGAAGCGAGAUGAUACUCGCUCAGUGUAGCGCGCUAUCUCGUUUUAACAUCAGCCUUGAUUUAAGACCUCAAAGUAAGACCGCAAAAUCAAUGCAGAAUGCCAACAGAAUGAAGAGGAAAAAUGUUAAUUGGCUAUAACUGGAGGCAAGAGUAAGCAAGAAAACAAAAACGAAUCAAUUGUGAUAUAAUAUGUACUUAAGGUUGGUUUAGAAAACUCUAGAAUUUCGUUCUUUAUUUGUUUUUUAAUAGGUCAGUCAAGAUACUGGCCGAUUUGUGAAAUAUCAAAAUUUUAUUUGUAGGAAUAUUGUUUGUACAUAAUUAUCAAAUGUAAAUGUGUAAAUUUAUUUUUAAUUGGUUUAAGACACUUGUUUCCUCUGUAAAAGGUUUAAGUACCUAAAUAAAAUUCGUUUUGUUUGUCAUUUUCACAUCUCAUUUCUCUAUGUAGACUAAACUAUGUAGAGUCAUCUACUUUGCCAAA